AUGUCCCGGCCCAGCAGCAGAGCUAUCUACUUGCACCGGAAGGAAUAUUCCCAGAGUUUGGCCUCAGAACCUACCCUCUUGCAGCACAGGGUGGAGCAUCUGAUGACAUGUAAGCUGGGGACACAGAGAGUCCGGGAACCAAAGGAUGCCCUACAGAAGCUUCAGGAGAUGGAUGCACAGGGUCGAGUGUGGAGCCAAGACCUGAUCCUGCAGGUCAAAGAUGGCUGGCUCCAGCUGCUGGACAUUGAGACUAAGGAGGACCUGGAUUCUUACCGCCUGGACAACAUCAAGGCCAUGGAUGUAGCUCUCAACACCUGUUCCUACAACUCCAUCUUAUCCGUCACUGUGCAGGAGUCUGGCCUGCCAGCCACUAGCACUUUGCUCUUCCAAUGCCAGGAAGUAGGGGUGAGUGACCGGUGUAAAUUUUUUCAAGGCUGUAUCUUUCACCACACCCUCAGCAGACCUCGAUUUGGAGUCCUUCAUCCAGGCCAGGACAGACGGAAGGAAUAUCCUCUGGAAAGGCCAAUCCCUAUACGACAGGCAUCCCCUCUGGAGCAGAGGUCCCCUCUGGAGCAGAGGUUUCCUCUAGAACGGCCACCCCACAUGACCCCAGAACGCAGCAUCCCACCAUCCCCAAGGUCCCUGAUACAAUACCCAAAUGCCCGAGAACCAAGUGACUUCACUCUGCCUCCUCCUCCAAGGCGUGCUGCAUCUCCUGAGGACCCAGGGAUGGAUGAGGAAGUGCUGAACCAUGUUCUAAGAGACAUUGAGCUGUUUGCUGGAAAGGUGAAGGAGGCCAAAGCAAAGGACAGUCAUAAGAAGAAAAAAUUUGGGAGAAAAAAGAACAAGGCUCAAAACAAGAUAACACAAGCACAGUACAUUGAUUGCUUCCAAAAGGUCAAGUUCAGCUUCAACCUCCUGGGGAAGCUGGCCUUACGGCUGCAGGAAACAAGUGCCCCUGAGUUCGUGGACCUCAUCUUCCAAACCCUGAAACUCAUCCUGUCCCAGUGUCCCGACACUGGCCUUACAGCCAAAGUGAUCUCACCCCUCCUCACCCCUAAAGCCAUAGACCUGCUGGAGUCCUGCCUAAGGCCACCCGAGAAUGCUCUCUGGAAGUCACUAGGCUUAGCCUGGACCACCAGCUGGGUUGACUGGACAGGCAGUGAACCGCCACCCUACCGGCCCACAUUCUAUGAUGGCUGGCAGAUUCCAGAGCCCUAUUCCAUGGAACCCCUAAGACACCAGAAUUCUAUUUCCCUCCGAGGUUCUAGGAUGAGGAGCAGCCUACACUUCCCUCAGGAUGAGCCAUACAGCCAUGGCUCCGAACAUGAGGACUCAAACCUCCCACCCUCCAGCCCCAGCCCUGCCAAACCAGUCCUGAAAAUGCAAGUCCUGUAUGAGUUUGAAGCGAGGAAUGCCCAGGAACUAACUGUGGCACAGGGAGAGAUUCUGGAGGUUUUGGACCAGAGCAAGAGGUGGUGGCUGGUGAAGAAUGAAGCAGGACAGACUGGCUACAUUCCCAGUAACAUCCUGGAGCCGCUGCCGGCUGGAGUUCCUAGAAGCCACAGACCAUCAUCCUUCAGGGCUCCAAUGCUUCGUCUCAGCUCAAAACCUGCGGAAGUCACGGCCUGGCUACAAGCAGAGAACUUCUCCACUAUAACUGUGAGGACCCUUGGGUCCUUGAUGGGAAACCAGCUACUUCACAUGAGAUUCGGGGAGCUGCAGAUGCUAUGUCCACAAGAGGCCUCACGGAUCCAGGCCCGUCUGGAUGCUGUCAGAAGGAUGCUGGGG